CGUCAUGGCGUUAUGCUAGCAGAUUUGACGACCGUCACCAGUCUUCCAGAUCUAUGCGCUGAGGACCUCCCGCGACCACUCUCAAUUAGAGUUACCUAUUAGAAGUCGCGUAGUCGCAAGUUGUCGUAACCUAGAUCUGGCCCCAUUCAAGUGCCCACCGUCGAAUCCUCAAACCCUCCCAACUCUCGAACUCUCUCCCGCAAUUUCGCCGUCUCCAAACGUCACAUACCCCUCCACAUAGACUUGAUGGUUGCCGAACCGUGAGGGAGCCUUCCUGGCAGGAUCAUCCGAUACAAUGGCCGUCAAAGGCGAGAACGUGUACCACCCGACCGAAGGCCUCAUUUUAUCUCAGCCCCGGCGGCACUUCAGGGCCACAGUCAAGCCGGUACAUUGGCAGCUACGCUCUCUCCUCGGCGCAGAGAAGCACAACAUCGUCUACUUUCCGACCGGAAGCGGCAACGUGCAUGUCCAGAGAUUAAACACCGUCACCGAAGAAACCGAAACGAUCAAGAUCCUCCCCUUCCAGCCGCGAUGCUUGGUUGCCAGAAACGGCUGGAUAUGUUGCGGGGGCGAGACUGGCGAAUUCGCGGCGAUCCGCGUCGACGAUGGGGACAACCCGUCCGAACUGGUCCGCCUUGCAAUGGAAAUCGAUUCGCGGGCGCCGAUGAGCAUCGAUUCUUCUAACCUCGAUGACAGCAUACUAGAAAUCCUCGCCCAAUCCAGAUCCACUAAGAGCCUUGUCGCAAAGAGCAAGACGUUCGGCAAGGAGCGCGUCAACUGCAUCACCAUGUGGUUCCCACCGUCGCUAGUCGAGCCCUCUCAAGGCGCCUAUUCGAAGCCCGUUGCAGUAUUGUCGAACAAUGACAAAACAGUUGCCCUCGUUAGUCUGCAUAAUCAGGAGGCUCUAGAUGAGCUUCCAUAUCCCGACUGCGUCAACCGCGCAGUCAUAUCACCGGAUGGUCGACUUCUGAUUGCUAUCAGCGAUGACCCGUAUCUCUACGUCCACGAGAGAUGUGAGAAGCGGGACACGCCAACAGCAUCAUUCCCGCAUGUGGAUCGACAUGCGUUCGAGUGGAGAGCCUGCAACAGGCUCCAUCUCAAGAGCCAGAAGAAGGGGGAUCGGUCAGAUAACAGAGGCAGCUUUGCGGCUUGCUUCUCCAGCACUGGGGCUUACCUAGCCGUGGGCACGCAGUAUGGCACCAUCUCGAUAUUCGAUACCAAAACCCUGGCUGAUCCGGGAGCGGAUCCUCUCCUUACCUCCUUCCCCUCGUCAAGACCCAAUGUUGAGCUAGGUGCCGUUAGGGACAUGGCGUUUUCGCCCGGGCCAAUUGACCUUCUUGCCUGGACAGAGGACCGCGGCAGGGUGGGCGUGGCAGACCUGAGAAGCAAUUUCAUAUCUCGGCAGAUCCUGGAGCUCGACAAGCCGGAUUCGUACGAUCACAUUUCCGUGCUCGACCGGAGCUCAAUAGACCCCCGACUGCUGGACCAACGCAGCGACCGGAACGACAACCUGGCGAGCUCGUCAACCGCUUCCGAUGUCGCAACAGAUACUCGACAGGAGGACCGACCAGACACGCUCACGAACAUCGAGCGAUACAAUCAACCGUUGACGGCGGAUGAGACCAUGGUUUUGGAGGCCCUUCAGGAUCACGGGAGGCGGAGGGCUCAGCGCGCUGCAGGCCAGAGCGGCUCAGCACCCAGAUUUCCCUGGAUGGAGCGAAGCACCAGGGCCACCUUGGGGUCGUCGGAAAAUCCACGGUCGGGAGAGCGCAGCGAAAGCGUCUCUCGCGCGGUCAGCGAGAUCAUGGGCAACCUCCGAGAACAAAGAGAGCGGCUCCGCGACAGCCAAGAACGCCUGAGGGCGGCGGUCCGGGAGGAGAACGAUGCCGACAGGCGCCGGUCGGCCGUGCCGCCCCCCGCGCCCCGGCGCGCCAGCGGGCUUGGGAGCACGGCGGCGACCACCGCCGACAGUGACACCCAGGCCAACCGGAGGACUCUCUCGCGCCUGGUGGCCAACAACCCGAACGCCUUUGGCGGGUGGGUUGACCUGGAGGUUCUGCACAACUUCACCUUCGACGGCCAGGAUGGUGGCCUGCUGUCCGCGGUCGAGAGCGACAACCGCCGCCGGGACCGCGCGGCGUUUCUUAUGCAGGCGUGGGGGGACAGCCCGUCACGCCGGUAUAUGGGGCAAUAUAUGGGCCGCGAUCCUCGUUCUGAUCCACACGACACUGCGGGCCUCGCCUGGAGCGAGGACGGGCAGUUCUUGUUUGCGGCUGCUGAGAAUGGCAUCUACGAGUUCCGUGUGAAUAUGUCCCGCAGGAAACUCCUGCCGAGCAUCACCCUGCAGUGAUCAUGUCUCUGACCGCCAGGGGUUGUUUAUGUUACACAAAUAUGGCGUUUCGCGGCGUUCCCAGGGGUUUUAUCCCAUUUUAUUUUAUUCAAUCAAGAUUGUACGAGUUCUCUCCCUCGGUAUCACAGCAUGGAGGCUGUAUCCUAACUUCCUAGGUGUGCCUUACAGAUUGAUGCCGUGCGAAGACGGCUGCUGACUGAGGGCCUUGCACUUGUACAAAGGGGAAA